AUCGGUAGCUACCCCCCGCUUCCCCGUUUCUUUUGCUGUAUACCCGAUACCCCACACAAACCCCACACCAGACCGCAACACGGCCGACACCAUGACGACGGCGCGUUCCCCAGCGGGGAAACCGCCGCACCGGCUGAAGCGCCUCUCGGUGCUGGGCGUCGUUGCCGCCGCUUCCGGUUGCCCCCGGUCCGGCCUGGCCCUCCGGUCGCUGCCCCCGGUGAAAGGCGGAAGCGCCCGCUCUGGCGUUUGCGGGGUUCCCCUCCACGCCCUCCGCACGGGCGUCGAGAUCCCCCUGCUCGACCUGAUCGAUCGGACCAGCGAAGACGGCGGCGACGACGAGCGCCGAAGCGGAGCGGACGCCGCCGCGAGCGAACAAGCCCCCCCCCGCUUCGUCGUACCCCUCCCGUCGUCGGACCUCCCGGACCAGCUCGCCACCCCCUUUCUCUACGGCAUGCAGAUGGACACGCCCCUGCACAAGACGAUCCUGGAGGAGGCCAUCUCCAUGGCGGAGGCCGCUGCGAUCGAAUCCCCGUCGCUGCCCCUCUCGGCGCUGCCCAGGCCCUUCUACGGGCACCUGGUCUGGAAGGACGCCGAAAGCCCCUCUCUGGUGGGGGCGAUCGGCUGCACGGCCGAGAUCCUGGUCAACGCCCCCACCGCCGAGCUUCUCGGGGGCGGCAUCCCGGGCAUCGGCGGGGCGAUCGAGGACGAGAUGGCCAGGCUCGAAAAGGCCUUUUCGGAGUCCCCGGGUGGGGAGGAUCCCGCCGGGGCCCCCCCGUCCGAGCGCAAGGACAACGACGACAACCUGACCCCGGCCUCUAACACGCUGCUCUGCCGGGGGGGAUGGAGGUUCGUGGUCCGGGAGGUCGUCCGCUCCAUCCCCUUUCCGGUCGCGAUCGUCGACGAGAUCGGGGACGACGCCGACGAGGGCGACAGCGACAUGUUUUCCGCCGUCGGUGGAUUCGAGAACGACGACGAGAACGACGACGAGAACGAUGACGACGACGGCCUCGGGGGCAUGGAAACCCCCGAGCUCAUCCACCAAACGAUGCGGAACGUCCAGGCCCUGCUCUCCCAGCGCCUGGAAGACGCGGCGCAAAAGACCAAGCUGGGCCCGCUCGAGAAGUCCAUCCUCGAGGCCCAGGGGGGCGGGAAGGAGACCCUCCGGCUCGCCGCCAUCGAGAUGGCCCACGCCGAGGAGAUGUCCGCCGUCUGGCAGGUCUUCCAGUCCAGCCUGGUGGACGACAUCGAGCCCCACCAGCGCCGGGAGGCGGUGGCCAUCAUGGCGGCGGAGCUGGCCGACCUCUCCAAUGCCGUUCGCAGGGAGAUCCUCCUCACCCGCGACAGCGAGGAGCGGCUGCGGAUCGUCCUGGGGGAGCUCCGGGAGGUCGUCGGGAUGGCCCGGGCCCGCAAGCUGGCCUCCUCCAUCACCGACGAAUCCGACGAGAGCGAGAAGGACCUCAAGGUCGGCAAGCCACAGCUUCCCCCCUGGGCGAGGCAGAUCCGCAAGGGGACCCGGAUCGAGUACUUCUGGAACGAGGAGUGGGAGUGGUGCCCCGGGGUGGUGGUGGACGACCCGGUCACGAUCGGGGACGAGAUGCUCCUCACGAUCCGCUUCGACGACGGGGAGGAGCACAAGCUCCCCCUCAGCGGCGACGACAAGCUCCGCUGGCGGCCGCAGCAGGGCUGAGGCGAACGACAACAAAACGACACGACACGACACGACACGAUCUACAACGCGUGGUCCAAGAGGCAAAA